UCCUCUCAAACUGUGGCGGCCAUGUUGUAUCCGCGGGGGAUUGGAGAGCGUACGGAACAGCGUCUGGCUCCAGUCGGGAGUACACGGCGGGGUUCGCGGGCUUGAACUCGUGUGGGUUUCACAUCACAGAUUCGCACUCCUCGUCAUGAGCCGUCCGUCCUCUGCGGGUGGUGCGGCCGGAGGACUCGGAGCCGGUAAAGCAGGAGGAAGUAAGCACGGAGGCUCCGGAGCAACGACCGCCUCCGCGGGCGCUGCCGCCGCCGCUGCAGCCGCAGCAGCCGCGGGGGUGUCCGGCUCUGUCGUAGGCUCCAGCUCGGUCACCGCGGCCCCUGUAGCCCUUCCGACGGCGACCCUACCGGGGCAGUCAGCCGAGCUGACAGCGCUGUUCGAGUGUCCGGUGUGUUUCGACUAUGUUCUGCCUCCGAUACUGCAAUGCCAGGCAGGGCACCUGGUGUGUAACCAGUGUCGCCAGAAGCUCAGCUGUUGCCCGACCUGUCGAGGCCCGCUCACACCGAGCAUACGGAACCUGGCCAUGGAAAAAGUAGCAUCCACUCUGCCGUUUCCGUGUAAGUAUGCCUCGGCCGGAUGUCUGCUGUCUCUGCACCACACCGAAAAGCCGGAGCACGAGGAGGUGUGCGAGUUCCGCCCAUACACCUGCCCCUGCCCGGGGGCCUCCUGUAAAUGGCAGGGCUCCCUGGAGGCCGUCAUGCCACAUCUCAUGCACGCCCACAAAUCCAUUACCACCUUACAGGGGGAGGACAUUGUCUUUCUGGCCACGGACAUCAACCUGCCGGGGGCCGUGGACUGGGUCAUGAUGCAGUCGUGCUUUGGCCACCACUUCAUGCUGGUUUUAGAAAAGCAGGAAAAGUACGAAGGACACCAGCAGUUCUUCGCCAUUGUGCUGCUCAUCGGCACGAGAAAGCAGGCGGAGAACUUUGCUUACCGCCUCGAGUUGAACGGCAACCGCAGGCGACUCACAUGGGAGGCCACUCCACGGUCCAUUCACGAUGGUGUGGCGGCGGCCAUCAUGAACAGUGACUGUCUCGUAUUCGAUACUUCUAUUGCCCACUUGUUUGCCGACAACGGCAACCUGGGUAUCAAUGUCACAAUCUCCAUGUGCUGAGGUUGGUGUGUCAUCCCAGAAUAUAGCUUUUCCAGCGAUCGAAACCCUGGACAACUGCUGCUCCCGAUCAGACAAGAGGGUUUGAAGACAACGGGUGGAAGAUGUAUUCAUUUUUGUAUAUUUCUGUUCAAGACCCAUCCGCUCAAACUACGCAAACUGAAGUUUCACUUGUAGGUUAGCAUGCUAGAUGGAUGACAGGAGGUUUUGAGUUUAAGAGAGGUGUGGCGAAGUGUGCAGGUGCUGGUGCAGUUCAGGUUUUCUUUUGGACACCCCAUGGACACCAUGACCUGAACACGCAUCACUGUCUGCACUGUCACUGACACGCAUCACAACCAUAGCAGGUUUUGGCUGUGUAUAACAUACUUGAAAGUUCUCCGUCAUGCCCAAAACCACAAGACAAGACAAGAAAUCAGGAUCAUCUGAUCCAUCAGGCCUCAGAGAUGUGCAACUUGGGGCACAGUCUAAGCAUUAAGAGUAACAUUUGUCUCUGAAGGUUCCCCCCGGAUUGGCUGAUGGCACCAUGACAAUUGUACAUGGCAAUGUAAAUGUUAAUCUCCUGGAUUUCAUGUUUGUCGAAUAUCUUUAUGAAACCGUGCCCAGUGUGUGUGGUGGAAAUAAAAUUUACUUGCAAAAGGCCUGUAUAGCCACCAUGUUUAGAAUCUGAUCUCUUGAUUUCUUAUUUGACAUUAGAUCUUUUUAUAAACAUCUUUGCUAUCAUUUGUGAAACUUGCAAUAGAGAGCUGGUUCAAUUCUCAGUUAGCAGAUCAUUAGCUACCUGACAGAAGGCUACAGCCAACUUUUUCAAAUCUUCUAAUAGCCAUCAUAUGAUCUUUAAUGCCACAUCACAAAUAUGGUUAUAUUGUGUUUAAUACUUGAUUUGUUUGUUCCGUACCACUUUGGCUUUUAAGUGUAUGUUGUCCCGUCACCAGUGACUGCAUGUAAACAAUGUUGUCUUGUUUAGUGUGUUUACUUUCUCUCUUUUAUCAGAGGUUGUAAAUAUACCAGCAAAUCCGGUUUUGUUGAUAUUUGCUAUUAUUGUUAUGUCUCUUCGAAACUGAUCGUUUAGUCUAGACUGCACUUUUGUUUAUUCGAGUUCUUUUCAAAAUCCACCAAGAAGCAAGCAAUUGUUUACUUGCUCCUUUGGUCAGCAAACCCACAAUGCCUUGCUUGUAAACUCCGUCUAAAUUUCAAGGUCUGCCUUUUUUCAGGACUUCGUCUCAAAUUCAGGUCACAGUCCAAACCUCCAGUGUCUUGAAAGGACUCGAAAGAGACUAAAAGAGGUUUUAAUGGGUUGGAAGGACAUUACACACUCACCGGUCAACUUAUUUGGCCCUGCUGGGGUUGUAGGUACACUGUUUAACAGAAGUACAUAACCAACAGAGUCUUCAAUGAAAUACCUCUGAUGUCUGUGCGAGAACAGCAAUGAUAUCCCUGAAUACAGGUGGUUGCAUGAAGAGAUCCCAAGUUUGACGCACAACUUAACACCCUCAGCUCUCUCUCAGUCUGCGACUGAAAUGUUUUAUACACAUGUUAUAGAGGAAAUGUAUUCUGCUUUGUUGACAAAUUUGUACAUGAAAUGGACCCAUUGAAAAAUAUAUAAAUGUUGAGCUCAUGCACUCUG